AUAUGGUAGUGGUAUCUGACCAUGGCAUGACAUCGUCUGAUUCCAGAUGGCUAGGCAUCAUCAAUUUGCAACAAAUUAUAGAGAUUUCGGAUAUUCGUUACAUGAUCUACUACGGAGCAACAAGCAUGAUUCUUCCAUAUGAAGGAAAACUUGAAAAAGUGUAUGAAGCUCUUAAAGGUGUGGCUGGACUAAAUGUGUACAAAAAAGAAGAAAUUCCAGAGCAUUACCAUGUAAAGUACAGCAGAUUGACCCUUCCACUGUUGCUAGUUGCUUCUAAAAAUUAUUACAUACAAGGAUUAGAUAUUCCAGGAAAAAGCAUUCCCACAGGUUCUUCCAUAUCUUUAGGGUCGCAUGGUUAUGACCCGUAUGAAGUGCCAGAUAUGAGAGGCAUUUUUUUUGCCCGAGGACCAGGGCUUAGAAGAAAUUACAUAUCUCCACCUUUGCAAAUUGUGGAUAUUUAUAAUGUUCUGUGUGAUCUCCUAGGCAUUGAACCUUUACCAAAUAAUGGAACAAAAAGUAUUACAAAAGGAAUAGUCAUCGCUAUGCAGUAUUCUUCUAGUCAUGGUCUUAAAACAUUAUCUUUAACAGUUUGUGCAGCAAAUAUUUUUUUAUGUUUAUGCUCAUAUAAAUACAGUAUUUUUACAAGGUGAUAACUGUAUGGAAAUAUUUUGUACAUUAGUUUUAUUAAACGUGAUAUCAAAAGUAUUUAAUAGAAUAGAGGUCAUUUAAUAGAAAUAUAUAUUGUCUUUAGUUUAUUAUACUAACUUUAUAUUAGUGAUCCAAAUCUUUCACAUAAUGUGACAAAAUGAUUACAUAAUGAAACUGUUUCAAGUAUUCAAAUAUUUCAAAUGGUAUAUUAAUAAGGGCUACUUAGAAAAAAAAACUCAAAAUAAUGAAAAACUUUUGUUUUAAAUUAAAAAAAAAUAAAUAAAUAAAUAAAUAAAUAAAAUCAGAGAAUAUUUAGUAGAAUCUUAAGCCAUUUCGAACAACACAUUCUUAGGGGAACGGUGAAACAUAAAUCAAGAAAUUUGACUGUUAAAGGAGGGGUAAAAGUACUCAUCACACUAUGUAAUGUCUGCAAAAGUUUGCAUUAGCUUCAGCAUUUACUUAACUGUACUAUUUAAAAUAAUGAUAAUCUUGCUUUUCUAAUACUUACGAGAAUCUACUUUUCAUGAUAAGCACUACAUGAAAGCCCUAGAUGAAAGGAAUUUAAAAAAUGGUUAGUAAUUUGUAUACCUAAGAUUUCUUGCAAGCUUAUGUGCAGUUAUGUACAAGUCUGCUGCUAUCUGCAACCAAAUGCAAUCCUGAAUGCAACCAAUCUUCAAGGAUGAUAUCACUAUCACUGAAGCACGUAAGUUACACUUUCUCAUACUAUCCUCAUAGAAUGUAAUUUUAAUUCAAUAAGCCCCGCUUUAAAAUAUAGAGUCUCUUCUUCAUUACUUUAUUUUCUAUUAUUCUUUCUAUCUAUAAAACAACACAUGUUUUCACAUCUAAAUGAUACAUUAACAGUUAGUAAUUUGAGGCAGACCACCUUAUGGUUUUUUUUAUGUUAAAUCCAAAGGAGGUAAAGCUAUGGUAAUAUGCACGUUGAAUAAUUGAGUAAUAAAAAGCUUAAAUUAACCCAAAAGAUUUUAUUAAGAAAUCGUGGCAAUCAACAGCAGAAGAACAUAUGGAAUAUAAAUUAGUAAUCAGAAAUUAAGACUUCAUGGAAUCUUUGAUAUAGCUAUGUACUCUCAUGCAUUUAUCGAACUGCGAAGAAGAAACAUCUCUAACAAUUACCAAUUGUAUUAUUUAGAUUAUGGCACACCACUUGGGACUACCAGCCUAUGGGAAUAAUAUUUUAUGGAGGAUAUUUUAAGGGAAACUGGUUAGUAUUUAUGGGAGUAUACAAGGAGGGGAAUAUGUAGCAAUUACUGAAAAUUUACACUAAGUUUAGUCUUCUCAGCUGAUACUAAUGCUAAACUAACAAGUAGUUUCUAAAAUGCACCAUGGGUAUAUUAAUAGUUCCUUGUAAGAAGGAGGAAAAAAUCUUGUUAAAAGAUCUAUUUCCCUCAGAACUCCUGAUUAUACAUGUGGGGGUAAAAAAGGGGUAGUUGGGUUGAAGUGACAGAAAUUGUCAAAAUGCCUGAUGUCUAUGCAUUUACCUCUCAUUAAGAAAAGGUUCUUGAAAUAGAUUGAUAUUACCUGAAAAGGUCUGAGCAAAGAGGAACCGAUUUCGGCUUGCUCCUAAGUGCAAUCUGUGAUAAAAGUAUUCUAUUUUGAAUAUCAUUGGAGUCUGAAGAUAAUUAAUGAAAGAAAUACAGGAUUAGCAUAAAUAAUUCGUUUUGAAAAGGCUAUAUUUUCAAAUGUAUUUCACACACACACAUGAAAGAUAUAUGAAAAGAACCACGAACUCGUAUAGUCCGAGCCAUGUUUGAGCACUCAAACUGAAUUUCAUAUUUCUGGAACUGUAAUAUAAUCUAACAAUUCCAGUACAGACACAAUAAAAUGCACUCUGCUAGUCAUAUUUGACAUACAUAUGUCGACCCAAAGAUACUGAGUUAGCCUUGUGUCCCUGUUUGUAUUUGUGUAUUGUUGUCUUUUCAAAAAUGCAUUUGAAUCUAUCUUUUUAUGGAUAAUAAUGAGCAUGUAUACCAAGUAUAUGUAAAUGACAAAUUUCUUGAAACUGAAGGCAUUCAGCGAGAAAGCUGAUCAGCCAAAUCUCCCGAUAUGAAUUACACAAAAUUGUGAUGGGAUACCACCAAAAAAAUUGCUGCACUGCAAAAUUCUCAAUAGCUUAAUACCAUAGAUCAUAUAGAUAGGAUUUAAACUUAUUCACCUGCUAUCUUACCUGAAACAAGAAAUCAUAUUGCAAUUUGUAUAUACAAAUUAGACAAAAUUGUAUUACCUAUUGAUGUCAAAGGUCCAAUUUUGUUAAUAAUAGUAUAAUUAGUUCCAAUUUCGGUAACAGUCAGCAUUUUUGCAAAGAUACCAGCAUCUUCAGUACAUGUGUAGUUAUAUAAACUGCUCUUAAGCAUUCAAAGAAUACUUUUUAUAAUGCACAAAUGUACAUUAGAUCUAUGCAAAAUUUUACUUAUCUGUGCCGUCAAUCAUCUUUCAUUAUCAUUACUUCCCUUAAGGAAUGACAAAUAAUAUUCAUGAAAAA